UCUCUUUGCGGGAAAGGAAAAAAAAAAAAAAGUUAGACAUCAUGGCUGCUUCCAGUGGGCCUGUCCGGGAAUGGAGUGAUGAGCAGCUUCAAAGCGAUGAUCUGCCCAAGAAAGACAUCAUUAAGUUCCUGCAGGAUAAUGCCUCUGAAUCGUUUCUUUCAGAAAACAAGUUGCUCGGAAACAUAAAAAACGUAGCCAAAACCGCUAAGAAAGACCAUCUAGUCGCUGUUUAUAAUAAGCUUUUUCAGACUAAGCGAUUCAAAGGCACCGAUGGGGGGGCUGUGUCUGCAAAAGACGAGAAAGAUCUUAAAGAGAAUGUGGACAAAGCCAAGGACGCAAAGCCAGAAGAGGUGGUUGAUGAGGGACCUCCCAAAUAUACCAAAUCUAUCCUGAAGAAAGGAGACAAGGUUAAUUUCCCAAAGAAAGGAGACACCGUUCACUGCUGGUACACGGGGACCCUGGAGGAUGGGACCGUGUUCGACUCGAACGUCCAGACCAGUGCAAAGAAGAAAAAGGCUGCUAAACCUCUAAGUUUUAAAGUCGGUGUUGGGAAAGUGAUCAGAGGGUGGGAUGAAGCUCUUCUCACAAUGACCAAGGGUGAGAAAGCCAAGCUUGAAAUCCAACCAGAAUGGGCCUAUGGUAAAAAAGGCUUGCCAGAUGCCAAAAUCCCUCCUAAUGCGAAACUGUUUUUUGAGGUGGAGCUGGUGGAUAUAGACUAAUGGAGACGCACGGAAAAAGUUUACCCAGGGUGAAUGUAACAGGGCUUUAUUUCCUUAUGUUUUUGCCAAAAACCAUUUAAUGUAAAUAAAACAAGACAUCAACCUGGA